AAAGUGAACUUGUUCCUGUGGAUCUCUGUGUACAGCAGUCAUAGAAGCCAAGAUGACCUCCCGAAUGUGCCAUGAAGACCAAGAAUGUCUGUGUUCACUGAAAACUACAGUGGAGGAACAUUGUUCUGCACUCAAGGAGCUCAGAGCCACUGUGGAGGAACUGAAGAAAGAGAACCAAGCCAGACCAAAGGUGGCUUUCUCAGCUGCACUGUCAGAAUCCAAAGGACCAUUUGACACUGAUACCACCCUGGUCUACAAGCAUGUCAUCACCAACAUUGGCAACGCUUAUAGUCCAUCAACUGGCAUUUUUAAGGCUCCGGUGAGCGGAACCUACUACUUCAGAUUCACUGCCUUUUCAUACACCAACAACCAUAGAAGAGUGUCCCUGUACAAAGGUGGUCAACUCGUGGUGACUGUGACUGACAUCCAGUCAGGCCAAGAUGGAGAAGACAGUGGAUCCAAUGGAGUCACGCUGCAGUUGGAGAAAGGAGAAGAGGUCUACACACAGCUGAAGGCCCAACAUCAUGUCUAUGAUGAUUACGCUCACCACACCACCUUUACUGGCUUCCUGAUCUUCCCUUAG